AUGAACCAGAAGGCCUCUGUUUCCAAGGAGCUCAACGCCAAGCAUACAAAGAUAUUGGGAGCACUUUUGAAGCACCCGGACAAUAAAGAAUGUGCAGAUUGUAGAUCAAAGGCACCAAGAUGGGCAAGUGUGAACCUUGGGAUAUUCAUUUGUAUGCAGUGCUCUGGAAUCCAUCGCAGCCUCGGUGUCCACAUUUCACAGGUAAGGUCUAUAACUCUGGAUACAUGGCUUCCAGAUCAGGUUGCUUUCAUGCAAUCUACUGGUAAUGCUAAGGCAAAUCAAUACUGGGAAUCAGAAUUGCCUCUUCAUUUCGAGAGAAGUUCAAGCGAUGCGUUUAUCAGAGCCAAAUACAACGAGAAGAAAUGGGUUUCACCGGGAGGGAUACAACCGGCUCCUAUAGCUAGCCAGCUAAGCUGCAAAGUUAGUCACUUGGUAGAGAGCGGAUAUAAGCCCGAAACUCCAAGGAAAGCAAGAACUCUUUCUCUUGAUGAAGAGAUCCUUCUUAAGCAUGUUCUUGAAGCAACACCUCCAGAAACAAGAACUCGAGGGGGUUCGGUAGAUAUGAAGGAGAAUAUGUAUAUUCUACCUCUACCAGUGGGGAUAGAAGUUAAGAAACCAAAUCAAAAGAAAGAGAUUUUCUCGAGCGAAUUGAGUCAUAACAGAAGAACCACCAUAGCACCACCUUCAAGCUGGGCUACUUUCGACUGUAAGGCCAAGACUCAUAAGUUUUCUUUUGUCUUUGUGUGA